AUGGCUCAGAGUUUGAGUUCCUCUACCAUUGAAUUCAAGAACCAGAAAGGUGUGGUUUGUUACUGUAACCGUUUUGCAAAGAUCGUUCAAGCUUGGACUAAUACCAACCCAGGUAGAAGGUUCUACAGCUGUGAUGGACGUAAGGUUGGAAAUGGCUAUGAUACUUGCAAGUUUUUCCGGUGGUAUGAUGAAGAGAAGCCACAUGGGUGGCAACAUGACGCACUGAUCGGGGCUAGAGAUGUUAUGCGCCAACAGAAAGAUGAGAUUAACAGCCUCAGAAACAAGGUACGAGCACUUACUCUAGAGAGGGAAAACAUGGGAGAAACUCCGACUGAUAUGAGGCAAACAUGUGAAACUUGCGAAAAGCUCAAAUGGGAGGUGCUGGUACUUAACGAAAGGAAUAAGGUGUAUCGCAAUGUGCUCAUGACUUCAUCAAUUGGAUUCACUAUUGUUGUUGUUGUUUUCAUAGUUUUAUUGAAGUUGUAG